AUGCCUCGUCGUAAAUCAGCCGAAAGUUUAAAGAGGCAAUGUCUCUUCAGCAUUGCCAGAGACAUGGACAAGGUGUGGAGUUCGGAUUUCUACACAAAUUUUCGAGAUGUACCCCGACUCUUCUACGUAAUUGGACCUUUUUAUUUUUUAACCACAGAACUGACCCAGGAUCUGAUUAACAUCCUUGCAGAACAGCGAUGGCUGAAGCGACAUCACCUGCAGAUCUUGUUACACACACACCUGAAGCAAUUGGACCUUGAGGUGUGCCGUUCCAUUGCUAACCAUGACAGUGUGAUACGCAUGGUUGGGGUUAGGUGUCAGACGCUGUCCAAACUGAACUUGUCGUCACUGAAUCAGAUUUCAGCCAAAGUGCUGGUAGAUCUUGUCCUCAAUGUACCACAUAUCCAAUCACUGAUUCUUCAAAAUACCAAAUGUAAUGACCAAGUGAUGGCUACCAUUGGUCGAACCUGCUCACAACUUCGUGAACUCAAUGUCUUUGGUUGCCCAGUCACUGAUUCAGGAGCUUUUGGCCUUUGUCUGAAGUCUUCAGCCAAUGGUGGUCUCCCAAACUGCUCUCAGUUGGUCAGCCUGGACAUUGGUGCCACUGCAGUGAGCCUCUGUGGGGCCAGUGCUAUCCUUCAAACAUUGCAAUGUUUGCGUUAUUUCCACUACUGUGAUGUGUGUGCUGUCCUUGAGAAACUCUAUCUAGAUGUUCAACGUUAUGGCACUUCUAUCCUUGCUGGUCAUGGACGCACAUUUAAUGAGCGCGAUACUGUCGAUUAUUUGAGUAGUGCAUCUGAAGACACAGAAUCAACUCAAGACGCACAAAUGGACUUAGCAUCAAGUGACAAUGUAGCAGAUUCCUCAUCAGUAGAGGAAGGUGCUACUGGAAAUGGUUUUUUGAAUCAUAGCAAUGAUAACAGUAAAGAGACUGUGAAGACAAAGAAGAAGAGAGGCUGUAUACAAGUUGAGAGUUCAAAACAGUCCGAUUCAAAGCCAUUGUCUACAACAAAAAACCCUCAGAUAAGGACGUAUGCAAUAAAUUCACUUACUGCAACCGGUAUCCAGUGUGCAACAGUUACUGCACAUAGUAUCAAAUUUGCAUGUCAGUUGUGUCCAAAUGUGACAGAGGUUUAUCUGCAUCAAAACAUUGGUAACUCAGGUAUGGCAUAUCUUACACAAUUGCAACAGUUAAGUGUUCUUGAAGUUGUCAGUUGCGCACCAGACCCUAUCACAUUUGAAGAAGGUCUUGUGCCCGUCCUGAAGCAGGCAGGGCCAAAUCUUAUCCGGUUGACCCUCUAUGAUUUUGCUGACAUUGAUAUUAUUCGUAUUGGCCAGUACUGCCCACAGCUUCAACAUCUCUCGCUGGAGUCAUCAAUGUGUGAUUUCAAUGACUAUGAUGCAAAUGUUUUAAGGAAUCUGCUUAUUAAUGGCUGCCAGUGGCAAGACAACGUCUGUCCCCGUGACCAACCUGCUGGACAGAGCAAUGAUGAUGAUGAGGAGGAUGAUUUUUGGGGUGUCUGCAGGUUUCGUUCAGGAAUAACAUCAGGAAUGACAUGGUCAAAUGCCCCAUACCGCCCAGCAGUGAACCACCACAAUAGACAUGAUUACUUGCAGCCAACAUAUGAUGUAGCUGGAUCAGAGCCAACCAGUGAAGGCCUCUUUGCUCAUUUACGAAGUCUUCGCAUAAUCUUGUUAAGUGAGACAAAUAAUUUCCCUGCAGAUAUCCUUCGUCUGAUUCUAACCAAUGCCCGACACCUUGUGCACUUGCAUUUAACAAACAUGCAGUUCCUGACAGAUGACCUUCUGGCAGCAGUUUUGCUACAGAACCCAUUAUCUAGUCUGCAGACACUCGUACUGGAAAUGUGCAACAAUGUUGAUAGACGUUCAAUCUUGCGUCUACUCAAUGAUCAGAAGAAUGGACUGCAGAGACUAGACUUGAUUGAGUGCCAAAGUAUAACGCGCCGAGACUUUGAGCAUUUCCUUGAUAAGGUCGGUCGAGACAAUGUCGAUGUCACUAUCACCUGGAUGUAA